AUGUACUGUUGCAAAAUUAAUUUUUCAAGUUUCGCAAAUUUCCUAAUAGAAGAUGUUUCGAGAUCAGUGAUAAAUUUUUUUUCCAUCUCUUCAAAAAUAAAUUUAUCGGAUUCGGAUCGUGCUGAUGGAGAACGUUUGCGCCGACAUUUGCAAUUUUUUUUUAUGGAUCCAAUGACAAAGUGGAAAAUACGUCAUCAGUUCCCAUUCAAACUAGCUUUGCAGAUUCUAAAAAUAGCUUUUAUUUCUAUACAAUUAUUAUUAUUCACGGAGUUGCGCAUCUCACAUGUUGAUUUUAUGGAUGAUACUAAUACAGUAAUGCGCCACAAAUUUUUAAAAAAUUGGAAUGAUGAACGGGAUACUCUCACUUAUCCACCGUCAUCUGGUUUGUAUUCUGUUUACACCGUGAUUGGUAGAAGUGAUCACAUUAUUCUUUUUUUUUCAAAAUUAGUUUUUCAGUAUUAUUCCAUCCAAGAAGAUUCAUUUGGAAGUUUUUCGUAUGACAUUCCAAGGAAUCAAGAUUUUGGUGCUUUGCCUAGCCUUUCAUUUGAGGAUAUACCGCCUAUGAAUUUUUGUCUCAAAAGAAUUGCUAAUGUCACAGUUUUCAACAAUACAUAUGAAUUCGAUGUUUCUGAAAUUAAUGAUUGUGUGAUAUUGAAAUUUGAUGAAAACGAAGUGAAAGAAGUUCGUCGAAACUCAAGCUCAUUAAGAAAAUUUUUGGAAAAGCGCCAUAUAACGUUCAAACCAGAAGAUGCUUUGGUCAUAUCCAAGGGUGUAAUAAGCUUCAAUUUGCGAACAAUACAUUUCACUCCAAUUUCGAUUGAUAAGCGACCAGAAUGUUUUUUAAUUCAAGUGUCAAUUGCUUUCGAUAAUUCCCGUCAUACUGGACAAGUACAUAUUUAUUUAACAACGGUGAUCAGCUACGUUACUUUAUGCAAUGGUCGAGUUUUGCAUGGUAUUGAAUUUUCUAUUUUCGUGAUCAUUUUUGUAAUUGAUAUUUUGGUUCUUCUCAUGUGUAUUGCUUCAUUCAUUUUGUGUUGUCGUGCUCUUGUUCGUGCUUAUCUUCUUAAACUAGUUAGUUUUACAUUCGUUAAGAACGUAUUAAAGCGUGAGUUGCAACUCAAUGAUCAGCUGGAUUUUUUGAAUUUAUGGUAUGUAAUGAUUGUUUUGAACGACAUUUUCAUCAUAUGUGGUACUUUGUGUAAAAUCACUAUUGAAUUCAGAGAUUUCGAUAGUGACUUGUUCACUACAUCUGGUAUAUUGCUUGGUAUCGGUGCCCUUAUGGUUUACGUUGGUGUUCUGCGUUAUUUUGGAUUUUUUUCAAAAUAUAACAUACUAAUUUUAACAAUAAAGAAAUCAGUACCUAAUAUCCUUCGCUUCAUGUCAUGCGGAGCUGUUCUUUAUACUGGUUUUCUGAUUGCUGGCUGGGUUAUUAUUGGACCAUAUAGCUUGAAGUUUCGGACAUUAGGGAAGUCAUCAGAAGCGUUAUUUUCAUUACUGAAUGGCGAUGAUAUGUUUGCAACAUUUUUUACUAUUAAUGAUUCCAAUACUGCUAUAAAAAUAUUCGGCACAAUUUACAUAUAUAUCUUUGUUUCAUUGUUUGUUUAUGUGGUGCUCUCGUUAUUUAUCGCCAUUAUUAUGGAUGCCUAUGAAGUAAUUAAGGUAUAUUUGCAAAAUAAUUUUUUUCACUGUUUCAAUUUCUAUGAAAUUCAUACUCCUGUGCUUUCAUUUUGUCGCUUUAUAUAUCAUGUCGGAAAGAAUCUGAGUAAUCUUUUUUCUUUUUGA